CAGUGGUACACGAACAUACAAGAGAAACUCCGGUCUAGCCUCAUCCGUGACUAUCACACGCGGCUCUGUACCUCAACCUUUCGCACCCAAAUCCCUCUCGUUCCCUCCCUCCCUCCCUUUUUCUCUCUCUUUCUCUCGUGGAGGCUGAAGGAUAUCUGUUUCCUCUUUCUCCCAUCCUCUCAGCCCUCCCUCACGAUGCCUCUCACCCGUCAGGGAGUAUAAGAGAAACAUGAGAGAGAGGGCGUGUGUCGCGUUCAACCCUUGUUUACACUGACUCUUCCGGUCUCUCAAACACUGAAGCGGUGGCGAGGGAUUUUGACCCUGUGCACGAAGCAGGGUUUUGGAUCUUACUACUUAAAACAGACGGAGAAAAAUCCUUCUGGUGCAGUGUAUCGUUGACAGUGUGGCGCGCAGUGUUUAAAGAGGCAGAUUUGCUGUUUCUGUGACAGAUAUUUUUCUGGGGGCGGGGCAAAGAAUGGUUCCUCUCGGGCGUGGGGCAUAAGACUGCAGAAGGAAUGAAGAUGUUGGUGGAAGUGUUGUGGGCGGUGAGCGUACUACUGCUGCUGGUGCAAGGCAGCGUGGCGGUGGACCUUCACUUCCAGAACCCUGACAGUGGCUUUUUCUUGCGUCCCGAAGAGAACCUGUUCUCUGGGCUGGGUCCUGGCGUGGGUAGCGACGGUGGAGUUCUCGAUGUUGAGCGCUUCACCGUGCUCGACCCCACUCGACCUGCGCUCAUCCGCGCUACCUACGGCCCCUUCAGCACGAAGCAGACUGUGCCGGCGCGCUACGUACUGCCGGAAUUCCCGGACGAUGAACCCGUGAACGUGACGGAGACGGAGGUCUUCGGGCAACACUUGCCCCCAGUGCCCCACCAACUCGAGGUCUCUGCCCAUCUGGUCAACAAGGAGGUGACACGUGCCCACCCGGCCGUGCGAGUGCUGGUGCACGGCGCCGGGGCACGGGGGCACCACUCGCCACACGUGUGCGUUACGGUCAUAGCCAGGCGGAGCUCCGACGCGCUGUCAGCCUCGUGCACGCCCACGGGCGCCGGGGAGACGGGCGGCGACGCUACGUGCUUGGUGACUCUGGCCGUGCCCGCCCGCUGGUGGCCGCCGCACACCCGUGCCACCGUCAAGAUCCCCCGCGUGGCCGUGCAGGUGUCGUACCUGGUGGGCACGGCCCCGGGACCCAGCGAGUGCGCUUCCAGAGAUGCCUCCGGGGGGACCUCCCAGGGGGGGCCCAGAGUGACCGUGCAACCGGAGACUCCCGUGGGAGAGGUGGUGCUCACCCUUGACCCGCACGGUUACGACGAGCUGUCUUCUGACCCGCUGGUGCAUGUGCUCGUGCCACGUGCACCCCUCCACCCGGGGACGACCAUCCAUGCUCCCCUCUACCUCCACCCCCCGGGUAACCUGCCCGCACUCGUCCUCGUCCUCAGAUGCAAGGCUCGCGGCGGCGUGCGGGUGGCUGGCGUGGAGACAGCAUCGUCAGCGUGGAACUUGACGGUGGAGGUCAACGCCAGGCGCAGCUCCGCCUCAGUCACUGCUCUCCUUACAGACCCUCCCAACAACGACACUCUCCACAACCUGGGGUUGCACGAGGUGUUGUCGUGGGUGCUGGAGGUGCCUGAGCACGCAGGUGCAGGCGAAGCUAGGGUCACCUGGUCACUCAGGUACCUGAUGGACGCCCACCAUCGCGAGACAUUCUCCGGCGCAGACUCCCGCAGGAUGUCCACUCGUCUCACCAUCCUCAAGGAUGACAUCCAGGCCGUCCUGCCCAUAGCUAAGAGCUGGUCGGUGGUGAACACUGCUGUGCUGACGGGGCGUCAGGUGUCACGAGCCAUGAAGGUACUGAUAGUGUCUCAGGCCGGCAAGGUUGCUGACGUCACCCUCCAGUCCUCCUGUAACUGCACCGAGGAGGCCGCCCUCAAGGUGUCAGCAUCAUGUACGUCAGUAUACCUGGACGGAUCAGAGGUGCGUGGCAGUCACAACGCUACGGUGGUUGCCCGCUACGACAUCCUCACCGGCUCUGCCUCCUUCACCGUGUGGAUGCCAGAACUGCCCCUCACCGUGCAUGUCAGGGACACCAAGCUUUCCCAGGUGAGGGGGUGGCGCUCCCCUGACCCCGCCACCACCGCCACCUACGCUGUCAAGCUGGCUUCUCCAGUCAUAGUGGUUCCUCACGACGCUGUAGCUGACCCAGGCAACUCUAUGCAGCAGCUGCAGCAACAGCAGCAGCACGACCUCUCACGUCACCGUCAGGAAGAUAACGCAAUUAUGCCUCUGUGUUCCGUGCGAUACCAACAGACUCCUGUACAGGUGUACGGCAGAUUCGUGGCAGUAGACGACAACAGUGGCCGUCAGUCAUACCUGUUGUCACGAAGGGCUCAGGUGCGUGUCACGGAGCUGGUGGCCCACCUCCUGCGUGUGGCAGACACCUCCGUGGCCAUCCUGGACCACACCACACUCAUGGGCCGCGCCCCUGGCCGCACUGAGGUUCAGGUGCUGUCACCCAUCACGGGUCGGGUGAUCGGGGCACGGGAGGUGCGAGUGGGCUCCGACAAGGUGUGGGUGAGUCGGCUUCGAGCAGCUGUUAUAUCCGGCCUCACACUCUCACUCCAGCCGGACGCCCACCUACCCGACGGCUACUCCGCCAUUACCACGGUCACGCCCACCCUCACUGCUAAGUACCAGGAGGGCCUGGUGGACGUGUGGGUGGAAAUGAGUGAUGGGGUGGUGAUGCCGCUGAGAGAGGUGCCACCCUCCCACUACUCACUCAGAGUUCGAUCCCUGGAUCCAGGAGUGGUGGCUGUAGCCCCGUCGCCCCGCACUGCUCAGCCCAGGGUCAUCGCUAUUGGUCAUGGAACCGGUGACCUCCUCGAGGUGAGCUUAGAGGUGUCUGAGGAGUGUGAGCACAGGAGAGCCUCGCUGGCCACCACCAAGGUUCAUGUCAAGAUUGAUCUGGGCACCACGCCCCCGCCGCCCCCGCCUGCCCACGACAAUGACCUCCGCCCACACCACUCCCUCACUGACGACCCAACCCAUCACAAACUCAAGGUCCACGUGUCUGAGCUGCCGCAUGCGGACGCCGCUGCUCCCCAGAAUCACCUGAUGUUGAUGGCGGAACAGCCGCAGCAGCCCACCAUGCACUCCCGCCUCCACCCACCCCGCCCUAGUGGCGUCACGCCCCUCGAGGUGGGCAUGUACGUCCUCCUGGCGGUGUUUGGCGCUGCCAUAGUGGUGUUCGCCGCCUCCUACGUGGUGUAUACAUGGAGUGUACGUGGUGGUAAACCCAUGCUGCCGCCCUCCCACCACACCCGCCGCUCCUCUCACCAUAAUCACCAUGACUCGGUCACCAACGCCCACGACUGGGUAUGGCUGGGGCGUGCCACCCUUGAAAGGGCCUCUGGUAUGGGAUUGUCUCCACCCUCACAGUCAGCUUCCACCGGUAUGAUGCCUCUCAGUGACCUCAAUGGCAACAGCCAGGAGCAGCAGUUGCAGCAGCAACAACAAGAGCAGCAGCAGCUGCAGAGUACAUGGCAGGAACUGCAGCGUCUCUCCCGGGGGUUCGACCGGAGUCCAAUCCCCAUCAACAUCACCACUAACCCCGCAGCUGAGGAGGAGACAGACACAACCCACACCCCGCACCUCUCCGGCUCCACAACAUUCACGCGACCCUCUCGCAACAACCGCAGGGUCACCUUCAACAACCUGGGUGAGGACGCAGCCGCCUGCAGUAGCGAGGAGGAGCGUCCCCCGAUCCCUCCUCACCGUAACAUAGGGGUCACCGCCAACAUUUCCGGCCAUGACGACUCCAACCCUCCUCCGGUACCCCCCCACGGGGUCAACGUCAUCAGCAACCCUCUGGAAGAAGGGUACUCUGGAAGGCCGGGUGGCAAUGGGCUCGAGGGAGUCACACUGAGCCAGCUGCAGCAGGCAUACACACAGCAACAACAGCAGCGUCUUCAUCCCUCACAUAUACAGCAGCAGCAACAGCAGCCUCACCACCACCAGGAGAAGGAAAUGUCUGACCCUAAGUUCGUGGAAGUGAACGCCGAUGAUUUCGUGCGGCUGCGGGGUGUGUGUCGAGGCCGGGCGGGCCAGGUGCGCCGCGCCACCAUACUGGAAAACCCGCUCCUCUCCUCAGCUCUCCCUGAUAACUUCAGCGUUACAGACCACCUCGACAACCUCCCGCCAUCCAUGGACUACGAUCAGCUCAUGGAAUACUUCUCCAACCUUAAGGAAUCUAACGCCUGAGCCUCGGCUACCGUCGGGGGCACAUGAGACCUCGAGACACCAUAGUAGAACCCUCAUCAGGACGGUACCCGCGACUUUACCUCGGGGUGUCUUCGACCAUACCAACCUCAACUCGCAGACAGUCUUGCCUAACUAACGCAGACAGUCUCGCCUCACUAGAAGAGACAGUGUUGCUUCACUAAUGCAAUCUUUCUCGCCUGCCUCACUAAAGCAGACUGUCUCGCCUCACAAACUGUAUAAAUCGUGAAUUUAGUGACUUGCCUGGGAGUGCCAGCGAGAUAGCCUCAACCUUCGUGUGGACACCCGUGAGCGCAACUGAGCUUCACUGCUCGAAUGUGCAUAUAGUGACUCCAGGCAACCAGUACAUGACCCCUCAAUAUGUUACAUAGAUGUGGCCAAGAGUAUAAUGACUGCUAUACAUGAUGCAGAGAAUUUAUGGCAUGAAUAAGAGGUAUAUCUUUGUUCAAGUGUUCAACUUAGGCUAGGAUUAUAUGUCACCUGUAAGUAUGCUAGUCUUGUUUAGGCCGGAGUGUUAGGUGCACUGAGGUGCCAGGAAUGUAAUGGUAGGGGCGGGAGUCAGGCCCCUUGCCGCUAUCCCGCCGUGUUUAUGUAUCUAGAAGGAUAUAACCACUUUUUCAAACUCUUAUACUGCUGUGAGCUUACGACACAGAAAAGACGAAACCUUAAACAGUAACCAUUCCGAACUCAAUACAUUUGAUUAAAGUGUAACCAAGAAAGGCAGAACGAACUGGGUUAACUGAGAGCGUCGGCUGGUUUUGUUUGUUGUAGGUAUCACUUACUGCGUCUUGUGCUCACGACACAGGAGCAAUCUGGGAAUAUGGUUAAUAAUGGAGAUAAUUUGUAGAAAUAUAUCAUGGAUAGGAAAACAAAGCAUCUAGUGUUUGGUGCAGUUAGACAGUGCAUGAGUACUUCAAACAUAUUACCCGCAAUAAUGCUAUACCUAAAUGCAGCAUUACUCUCCUGUCUACAGGAGUUCUAGGGUGCAUUACUGGUACAAGUGUGAUGUUGCUGGCCUGCAGUGCUGCAAUACUGGUCUAUUGUGCUGGCCUGCAGUGCUAUUAUGCUGGCCUGCAGUGCUGUUAUGCUGAUCUGCAGUGCUGUUAUGCUGGCCUGCAGUACUGUUAGGGAAUCGUGGAGUGUCGCUAAUUUCUCGCAGUAAUUACUAAGGCUCUUUCUGCAGCGUCUUGCAUCCAUUAGUGUGAGAAAUACUGCAAGACAUCAUGGCUGGUCAAUUUUAUCUGCAGAGUCCUGUUGACCUGUACCGUAAUUUCUUUGUCGUCACUUUCAGCUUGUUUUAAACAUGCUCAAGGAAAAUGCUAACAAGUGUGCUCCAACAUGUUUGUGAUGCAUUUGAGACGUGUUUUAGACUCUCCGUAUUUAAAACAUGUUUUUUACGCAUUUUUGGCUUAAAUUUCAGUCUUUACGCCUUUGGAACAUGUUUGUGACACAUAUAUGACCUGUGGUCAGAGUCGACACGUUAGAAACAUGUUUGUGACGCACCUGCAACCCCUGUAUCAUAUAGCGUUUGUAACACGUUUUCAAAGCGUUUGUGACCCGUGUUAUAUACUCAUCGCACUUGGAACACGUUUUUUGACGUGUUUACAGUCUGUCCAGGACUUGCGGUAGGGGCUCAGGCAAGGUCAACAGGGUUUGUCUAAUCAUUACAUACCCUUUUCUAAGGUACAACUCACACAGUAUAAGCUAGACAGCCAUUCAUAGUCUAGUGUUGGCAGACGAGAGGCACACAGGUCGCGGGGAUCAUAAAUCAGGCAGUGGAAAUGCGAGUGUUGUCAAAAUGAUUCCUCCAACAGAUGCAAGGUGGGGGGGAAAUAUUAACCCGUAGAAAAUGGGAGGCAAACCACGGAACGGGUGAAGCCACGGCGAGUGAGACUUAAAACUCCAGGCCAGUGUGUAACCUCACCCGUUCCGCGGUUUGUUUGCAAUCGUGUUAUUACGAAUUCGUGAGUCAUAAUGAGAGGUAAUUAUAUUUGAUUCUGUGUUGUCAUAGAAGAUAUCUGAUGGGGCAGUAUGUGGAAAUAUUAAUGGGAUAGCAGCUUUUACCUCCUUAAAACGAUAAGCGAUGUUAAAAACACGUUGCCGGAUAAGCGAUAUUAAUAACAUGCCAGGGCAUUGUUUUUCAGUGUGUCGAAUUUAACUGUCUGCUUUCUGUUAGUCAAAAAAAAAAAAUUCUCGUUAAGACAUUUUUUUCAUUUGUUUGGAGUGUUACAAUUAGUUAAAUUUGGCUAUCAUUAACCUGAUAUAUGUGAAAUUUCAGCUGAAUCCGGUCAAGAAUUCAAGCGUCAAAAAAACGAUUUUUCGAAGCCAGUUUUUGAUGCUCUGUUGAUAUGAAAGGUGAGCCAUUUUUUUGUGUGGAAAUUCUUUCUUUUCGAAAUAUAUUCUUCUUUGUUCCCCCCAACAAUCUGGAUGCUCCCACAAGUAAGAUCUUUAAAUUAGGGAAAAAAAAUUUAGGGCUAAAAUCAUAAACACAAAAAUCUCUCCCAAAGACUUAUUAUUAUUAUUAUUAUUAUUAUUAUUAUUAUUAUUAUUAUUAUCAAAAAUCUAAAUAAACUAACUUUACUCAAUCAUUUUACUCUGGUACUGAGAAGGAUAAGACACGAUCGAUCUCCUUAAGGAAGUUAUACAAGAUAAUGAAUCUGACACUUACGCAACAAUUGGGUAUCUUUGUUAUGGAAAAGUUUCGCCAACCAAUGGCCUCCUCAGUCCAAUAUAGAGUUGAAUGGCUGAAGGCCAGAAGGAGUUUGAGGUAAUCAGUCCUUCUGCCAAGAAUCGAUGUGAUCAGUCCAUUAAUUUUUGAUAAAACUGAUAGACUGAUCACAUCGACUGUGGGACUGAUUACCCCAAACUCCUUCUGAUCUUCAGUCAUUCUUCUCUGUACUGGACUGAGGAAGCCAUGGGCUGGCGAAACGUUUCCACAAUCGAUACCCAAGUGUUGUGCAUAUGUCAAAUUCACCACCCCGUCGGUUCUCUGAACCAUUUUAUGUACAUACAAGAUGGUCUUGGGGGUCGGGACUGCGCUACAUGAAGAGGCAUCUUACCUUGAGUUUUCAGUACUGGUCUGCUAUUGCCAGCUCACAUUUUUUUUUUAAUAUCCUUAUUAUGUACCCCAUUCCCAUCCUGUGGGUGAUAGUCAAAGGAUUACAGAGGUAUAUAAUGGGUCCAGGGACUGGGCCGCAGAAUUUUGUUAGGAGCGCAAGUUACAAAGGUAAUGAACUAUUUACAUGUUUAUAUCUGGUCACAAUGGUAAUGAGUUAUUUAUGCAAACAUUAAUUAGUCACAGUACCCUCGAUAUUAUUAGUACGGACGCCAGUGUGAGGAUAAACGAUACUUACCAAAUGUAGUCUUAGGGUCGUAGCCCACGAGCUCAGAACCCCAAUGCUGUCGUUACCAGAUCAAACAAAAAUCAAAAUUCGAAACGGAAAAUUAGCAUGAAAACCAACCUUGGAAAAAAAACUAAUCAUCAUAAAAAAAAACUUUCAGGAUGUUAGCAUGUAGAGUAGAUGAGGGGAGAGGUUGCCGGAAUCUGAGGAACUUAAACUAGUGUUUAUGGAGAAAUCAGCUUAUCAUGAGUGUCGGCAGAGGGAACACGCUGUUGGCAGGGAGAACACGCUGCUGGCAGGGAGAACACGCUGCUGGCAGGGAGAACACGCUGUUGGCAGGGAGAAUACAUUGUUGGCAGGGAGAACACGCUUCUGGCAGGGAGAAUACAUUGUUGGCAAGGAGAACACGCUGCUGGCAGGGAAAAUACAUUGUUGGCAGGGAGAACACGCUGCUGGCAGAGAGAAUACAUUGUUGGCAGGGAGACACAUGUUGGCAGGGAGAACACGUUGCUGGCAGGGAGAACACACUGCUGGCAGGGAGAACACACUGCUGGCAGGGAGAACACACUGCUGGCAGGGAGAACACACUUCUGGCAUGGAGAACACACUACUGGCAGGGAAAACACACUGCUGGCUUGAUAUAGUCAUCAUUUACAAACUUGUUCCCAUGAUCAAGUUAAUCAAACUUGACUUAAACUUAAGAGAAAAUGGCUAGUACGCCUUGCAAACAAUAGGGGCGACAUAUUCAACGUACUUAAACGCACGCUCUGUAAUGUACUGAAAGUCAUACACUUUCUUACAAGGACGGGAUCCAACCUUGGUUUUGAAGCUAUAUCAGAAAUUUGCGAGCUUAAUUUGUUGAGGCAGAACAACGUUAAGUGUUAUUAACCAUACUUUGUUGUACUAGAUUAUACAGCGCGAUGUUCUUUAGCACAAUUAGCUACAUAAUUAUUCUAACUAUUUUGACAUAUCAGCAGUGCCAUGGUAUUAGUUCGUCCUGUGAGAGUUGCCGUUAAUAAAUCUUGAUACUCACAAUAACAUAACGUGUAAAUAAUAUAGUUCCUCAUGGUGAAAAUUUUGAACAUUUUCUCUAGUGUAAAAAAAAAUAACUUAAGUUCAUGGUAUGAAAGGACCCCCUCUAUCCUCUUGUAUUUGAAACAUCUCAUGUCACAACAUCUGAAUAUCUUCAGAUGUUGUGCCAGGCUCAUAACACGACACAUUAACAGAGGUGAGCUGGAGACAGUUCAUUCCAGCUCCCCGAUAACACUUGUUAAUUUCCGGUUGGAUCACCGAUGAGCCGCUUAUCGAUUUUAGCAAAUAUUUGAUAAUCAAUUAAUCUUUAGAUAAUGCAAAAUGAACGGGGGUUGUAUGAUGGAAACACAACGAACAACAAGAGUGAAAUAACUAUAAGGUAAUCUGAAAGAGAAUAUAAAAGUGAAUUAGCCUAAUGUUGAUAUUUGAACAUGUAGAAAACCCCCUACAGCGAAAUGUGUAAACAAUGAAGGGAUACUCCAGGAGAGGAGUGGAAGUAUCUGAUCCGAUGCAAAGGCUCACCAGGUCUCAAAUCAAUGUCUCUUAUUACAUCCAUGAGCCAGUGGUUCCUUAGCGUCAUUGACACUUACGGAUUUACGCUGGUGUCUGACCGUUAACUUUAAUUAGCUUUGGGUGGCAAGAAACUGUCAGUACACCCCUACAUAAAUAUCGUUUAAAUUCCCAAGCGUCUCAACAUCCUCUCAUUUUUUUUACCCUUUCGUUAACUGUCAGAGCACAAACCACAAACUGGAAAAAAUAACACCAUUAAUUUCUCACUCAAGGAAAAACAAUUCGCAGUUAUGUGCCCCCUAGUUGUCUUUCUUGAUAGGCGCGCACAUCAUGUUACUGAAUAUAUAUAUAUAUAUAUAUAUAUAUAUAUAUAUAUAUAUAUAUAUAUAUAUAUAUAUAUAUAUAUAUAUAUAUAUAAAUCAGGUAGUGUCGCAACUCCAAGACUUAGGUCAGACUAACAAGUUUUCCUGAAUCCCUUCAUAAUUACCAGGAACACACUCCAACAACACGUCAGCUCACAUGGACCACACUCACCUCUAUUCAUACCACUUACUUUCACAUUUUUUACCUUUCAAAAUCUUACACACACACACACACACACACACACACACACACACACACACACUUCCUAUUAUGUCCCAGCAGCAUAGAAAUUCCCCUCCUUACUCUCUAAAAUUUAGGAAAAAACUUUAAAUGUAUUAUUGUUUAAUAGCGUGAAUUUCAAUUUGAAAAUUUCCUCCCCCUUUUUAAAAAAUUUGCUACUUUCACUCUAAUAUAAAACUUCAGUGAGACAAGAGUGAGCGGAGGCGCAAAUAUUGUAAUAGUUGAGACUGUCUGAGUGCGACUUUCUUAACAUGUAUGACGGGAUUCUGAGGAACCUGAUAGAUGGAAUGUUCUGGAGGUGAGAAGUACUGUACCUGCACCUGAGAGGUCAGGCGGGAAGUUUGUGGAUCACUGGGUCGUCGUCUCACCAUUUUUGAAGACGUUCCUUAACGCUUCUUUUUGAUUAUAAUAAUAAUAAUAAUGAAGAAGACGUUUACAAAGCAAGUGAUGGCGAAUGUGUUUCUUCUUAGGGUCACUUUGCCAUUCUGGAAAACAGCAGGGAAUGUAUACAACUCUUGUUGCAUAACAUUGACUUCCCAAGACACUUUUUUUGUUCGAACCUGUGUUAAAAAAAAAUCACAUUUAACAAUUUCUUUUAUUAUGUAGUUCACCUUAACUUCUUACGAGUUUUCUCGUACGUGAUAGUCAGUUUUUUUUUCAUUAUCAUUAAUUUUUCAUGUCAACAGCUGGGAAGUUAACUGCAUGGAUGUAUCCCCCUUACAGCCUGACAAAGCCGACCAAAACUGACAGAUAAAUAAACUCAGAUUCCAAACAUGCGCAUCCCAGACUUUAAUAGUUGUGCAUCUCUUGCUGGGUUCUACUACACCAUAAAAAUAGUUAUAUUGACGUCUGUCCUGGCUAUUGACAUCUGUCUUGGCUAUUGUCGUCUGUCUUGGCUAUAUAACUAACAUCUGUCCUGGCUAUUGACGUCUGUCCUGGCAAUUGACGUCUGUCCUGGCUAUUGACGUCUGUCCUGACAAUUGACGUCUGUCCUGGCUAUUGACGUCUGUCCUGGCAAUUGACGUCUGUCCUGGCUGUAACAUGAUCAAGGUGCCAACACAAUGAUACAGUAAUUAAAACACUCUAGUAACUUUAGCAGAUUAAACUAAUACCUCUGGAUAUAUUUCUAGUCGUAAGAUAGCUUUAAAAAUUAUUAAUCGUUUUAUAGCUUUUUUUUUUUAAUAACGCAGUCGAUUCCCCAAAAUUCACUAGGGCUACGUCCCUGUGCUUCUUGCGAAUCUAGAACGAAACAUCAUAAUAAUCUAAAUAAGGAAAAUCAAAUUUUCAUUAUUUUCGUGUUUCUGAAAUCCUUUUCAUUUUUAAAUGUACUUAAAAUCUGGUUAACAGUGACAUAUAUAAAACCAUAUGGAAAAGUAUUAGCCACAUCUUUAAUCAAAUUAUAUGAGUAGUUUUAAAAUUUUAGAGCGAGCAUCAAUCCUCCACCACCACCUUCCCUGAAAAUAGCCUCGAAUAAUAGAAUUGAUGCGCAAGUUGCCCAUCUGGAAAAAAAAUGUUGAAUAACUGAAUUCUGAGAAUUAGAAAACUCGCAAAUUUGGGGAGUCGACUGUGUGUGUGUGUGUGUGUAUGUGUAUGUGUGUAUGUGUGUGUAUGUGUGUAUGUGUGUAUGUGUAUGUGUGUGUGUGUGUGUGUGUGUGUGUGUGUGUGUGUGUGUGUGUGUGGACGCAUCGUCUAGUCAGAGGAGAAGCUUGUAUCUUGCAUAUUAUUAUACUUCUAAGAAGCACUAAACCCGUGCAGGUCAUUCAGCACAAGGCGUGUUGGAGGCUCUGAUCACAUGACACUACCAACCAUGUUUACACUCUCAAGCCGAGUCACUUUAUCACACUUCAAACAUCUAAGCCGAGUCUCACCAUCCACCUCACUUUCCGGCGUUGUCCCGCAUGUGUAGCGCUGUGUUUCGCCGAAAUAAAUGUUCAAACUGUGACGCGCCAUGGAGGAAAAUUCCAGAGAGAUUUAGAAAUACAAUUUUUUUUUUCGUGUCGUAAAAUCAUAGGCUUGCCGCUUGUGUAGAUAUGACAGUCAGAAAUCGUAAACUCCGAUGACCCUUGGGUAGUAGUGACCUCACACUGUGUUUAUUGUGUUCUCAAUGACAAAGAUAGCCUUACUCUUGUACUCAAAAGCCUAUUGAAGAUUAUUGUAAGCCAUAUCCACUAUAGUUACGGACUUUGUUGACUUGUCGGGGAGGUUCGGGUGUUGAGAUGGACGGAGUUGCUCCCAGUUGUGUUGUGCAAGUCUCUCUCUGCCGUCUUGAGGGCUGCAGUUAUGGUUAUUGCACGGACUAGCUGAAAACACAAAAAUCGAACCUUUAUAGCUGCAAAGUAAUAAGGUCUUAGUAACAUCAACGACUUGCCAUAGAUAACUGUUAAGUGACGGCCUCGCCCCUGACCCCUUCAAGUCACGAGAAGACUGACGUGAGUGACCGAGAUUUUUAAUUCCUAGACCUACCAAAACGAGAUUUAUAUCCCUCCCUUUCCCCCUCCCCCCCUUCCCUAGGUGUAAAUGUGAGAAUGACCUGUAUGUACACUACUCAUAAGGCUUAAAAUGGAUGUUCGUGUCUCCUGCAAUGUCACUUUCCUCGUCGUAGGAAUUUCAUACCUGAAUUUUCAUCUUCGUAUGACUCAUUUUUAACAGCAUCUUUUACUCAUUUUUACAAGAUAAUUUAUUUUAAAUUCCAGAGAAAAGCUUAGCCUAGUGUUUUUUACACGAUGCUCCCUACCUCACGUCUUCCUUUAAGCAUAGUUAUUAUUAUUAUUAUUAUUAUUAUUAUUAUUAUUAUUAUUAUUAUUAUUAUUCGUGUCUCAUCAAUUAUUAUUAUUAUUUGUGCCUCAUCUAUUAUUAUUAUUAUUAUUAUUAUUAUUAUUAUUAUUAUUAUUAUUCGUGUCUCAUCAAUUACCUCUCUCAUUAAGCCUACAAUUUCUACCACUUUCCAGUGGUCAAAUUUCAUCAAUAUUUCGUCCCAUCCUUCCUUCAGUUUUUUUUUUUUUUUUUAAAUAUUUAUGAAAUUCUUCAUUGUAUAUUUCGUUAUUUCUAUCUUCUGUGACUCUUGUCUGUACUCUUGUCCCAUCCUGCUAUUUCAGAGUCGGGCCAGGAGCUAUAUCUUGCCUUCGAUGUGGCCACUAGUGUUAUACUCAUAGAAAAGCGCUAAACCUGUAGAGGUCUUACAGCGCUUACGAACGAGAGAUAUUCAGGUUUGAGCCAAGGAAGGGGAGGCUGGCCCCAAUUCCCUGGAUCAAGAGCUCUUCAGACUCAAGGCAUGACCCUUCACAGCAAGGGUCAAGGGCCGUGACCUUAUUCCUCAUUCAACAUUUUCCUUAUUUCCUGCCUUUUUCUGUAAGCUCAUUGAUUUUUUGGUUAUUCCCUGCACUGUUAAGUCUAAUAACAAUAAACUGAUGCUGUUAUCUGUCUCACAGACUUUCAUAUGUGAUACUUGUUACGUGUAAACAAAUAUAUUAAUUUAUUGCCCGAACUCACAAAUUACUUAAUAAUUUAUUUAUAAGGCGAGAGACACGCCCCAACCAGGGAAACAAAAACUAGAAUUCAAAUGAAAUAAUUUCUCUUGGGGUGAUUUUUGUCUCGAUAAAUAAUAAGCUGAAGAUUUUGUGGUCAGGGCACAACGUCGUUUUUUUUUUUUUUUUUUUGGUAAUGCUCCCUAAAUGUUGUCGAAGUUAUAUUUGGAAUGAGUAUGUGGGGAAAAAAAAAACUUUCUUUUUGCCUAUCAUUUUUUUUCCUGUUCACUGUGAGUAAUGAUGAUAACACUGGAUAUGUGUGUGUAAAUCAAACAUGUGUUGAUCUCAAGGCCUGGGUCCCAACGACAGGGUCACAGAUGGUCACUGUGGGAUCUGGUCACAACUAUUACAAACUGUACAGUCGAUAGUGCUGUAAGGAUGUGAGAUAAAAUAUCUUUACACUAAUACAAAA